AUCAGUAAACAGCCUGCCCUGGGUGUGUCUGUGUGUCCAGCCGAUUGAGGCCAUAUUGUUUCCAUGGUGCCAGGGCAACACUAGCUCCUGCCUGCUGAGGGAAUCACAAUUUGAAAGCCAAAGAUUGUUCACUGAACAUUACCAACUGCAAAAUGUGAUUUCAGUUAAGUACCACUGCCAAUGAAGAUGGCGUCCGAUUCACAUGCAGGGCUACAGCUGAGCUAUUCAUUCACUCCUUUACCCCAUUCACUGAAGCAGAACCAUGGAAUAACAGGUUCACAUGCCCAAGCUGGCACCAGGAGCUGCAAUAAGAAUCCCGUCAACUCAAGGGAGCCUCCUGGCCUGAGGAAUGAAUUGCAGUUCAGAGAAAAGCCACUUGCGAAUACGAAAAGACCAAGAAAGUGUGGAUCUGCAAGACCUACUGAAUCCAAAAUGCUCAACAGGGAGAACAAUAAAGUUAGUUGUGGUAAGGAGUAUCUGCUCAUAUCACCAGGAUACACAAUGAUCCGCUCAAAGGAUCAUAUUGAAGUCAUGCUGGAGGAAAGGCUCUUUAGAGACACUUUAUCUGCAGGCAUCAAGUCUCCUCCAGCGACCAGACAAACUGAAGAAGGAAGUAGCCGAGGAAGAGAACGAACAGUUAAGAAGAAAGAUUCUUGGCUGAUGAAUAGGCAAGAUAUUGUGGAAGAUUUGCAGGAACAAAUCGCCAAACUAACCUCACUACUGGAUCAAGAGACAAAAGAGCACAGAAACACAGAGAUUAGGCUGAAUAAGGAGAUAGAGGAGAUGGCUACUCAGCUGCAGAAGAAGAACGAGGAAGACAUUCGGAUUCUCCAGCAGAAGUAUUCUAAUGAUCUGCAAGCUCUUCAGGAACAAAGCAACUCCAGACUAGCUCAGGAAAAGGCAGAUGCUGAGCAGAGGUUAGAGGAGCUGCAGAAGGACUAUGAUUUCCUGAAAGGAUCCUUUAGUACUUAUAAGGAAAGCUUAUGUGAAGAGAUCAAUGAAUCCUGGGCACAAAAAGAGGUUACGUGGAAAGAAGCAUUUGAAGAAGAGAAAGUGAGAGCGCUAAGCAAGCAAAAGCAGGAAUUGCGAUAUCUCUUGGAGAACGAGAAAAAAGAAGUAUGGCGUCAAGCCCAGGAAGAACUGCAAAUGGUGCAGGAGAGCCACCAAAAGCAAGUCAAUGAAGUCUGGGGGAAAUAUAAAGAAGCCAAGCAGGAAUUCCACAAGCUGAAUAUAGUGAAAGAGAAUUUACAGGCAGAAAUCACUGAGAACAAAAGGAUCAUUUCUUCACAACAUCUGGAGGCCCAGAAAGUGCGGCGGGAAAGUGAGAUGUUGAAAAGCCAGCUGGAUCAUCUGAGAAAACAGUCUCACCUAAGAGCCAGCAAAGUGGAGGCUCAGUUCAAACAAAGAAUUAUUACUCUGACCAAUGAGAACUCAGAUUUAAGGAGAAGACUCAUUACAAAAAGCGAGCAGCUGUUCAAUGAAAGAAACAGAGAUGAUGUGGGGACAAUGUAUCUGAAUACAGCAGGAAACUGAAUGAAAGCAAAAUGGUCACUCUCACAGAGCAGCGUGGAUUAUGAGAAUCCAAAGGAAUGGUGUAAUAAAGCAAUACUUAGUUAUAUCACAUGUAUCAUCUGAUUAUAAAGAAGCAAUGUUACUCUGUA